CGCUCAAACACCAAUACUCGCUAACAUUCUCACCGAGAACAACACAACUCCAAUCAAUAUGUCCACCGAAGCAAAACCCGCCAAGAAGCCUGCCAAGCCAGCAGAGCACCCCAAGUACACCGAGAUGGUUGCAGCAGCUAUCGGUGCACUGAAGGAACGCGGCGGAUCUUCCCGCCAGGCCAUCGAGAAAUACAUCAAGGCCAAUUACAAGGUCGGAGACGUUGGCACCCAUCUGAAGCUGGCCCUCAAGCGCAUGAGCGCGAAAGGCGCUCUAGUCCACACCAAGGGUACUGGAGCUUCUGGCUCGUUCAAAUUGAACAAGGCCGUAAAGGCUGAGAAGCCAAAGAAAGCAAAGAAGCCAGCGGCUAAGAAACCCAAGGCUGCCAAGAAACCCGCCGCCAAAAAACCUGCCGCCAAGAAAGCGAAAUCCCCCAAGAAGCCAGCACCUAAGAAGGCAACAAAGUCGCCCAAGAAGGCAGCGAAAAAGCCUGCUGCUAAGAAACCAGCAGCCGCCAAGCCCAAGAAGGCCGCGGCAAAGAAGCCAGCCGCCAAGAAAGCAGCGAAGAAGCCCGCAGCAAAGAAGGCCGCCAAGAAGCCCGCCAAGCAGUAAAGAGACUAUACAGUCACUUUACAUCAAACAACGGCUCUUUUAGGAGCCACCCACUUAUUCAAAAGUCAUGCCUCAUCCAUCCAUGCCUACACAAUAUUAUCCAUAUAUCUGUGAUAAAAUUUA